CAUCACAACAAAAACUAGGUUCCAUAGAUGAGGUGUAUCCCAUCGACCCACAACGUGCUCGUUACAACCAUGGAGUCAACAGCAUGUGCAGAGGUGUAAAAAAAAACAAAAAACUCGGCAUCGAGCCUGACACACGCUAAGGUAAAACCCUAUGGUUGAAACUUGUAGGGGAAUAACCCUGGUGUCUCCAGGACACGCCCUGCCCUGCUAACCGCGGUAUAUACUCCCAGACAACCAAACCUUCUCUGUCUCCCAAUCGCACAAUCCCAUUUAUGAAAGCCCAACAUCCACCCCUAGAUCACAUCCGACCAGUGCGACCAUCAGCGGUGCUUCUACCCUGCAGGACACCCCCAACAAGACAAUCCUCGAUGCAUAAAGACAGUAGACCGCUACCUACCGGGCAUGUCUGCUAGAGUGGCUCAUGCGCAGGACUCCCACCCCCACGCCACCGAGAAGCCCCUGAUCACGUGCUACAAGUGCCAGGAGCCAUGUAAAGGGGAGGUGCUGCGGGUGCAGAGCAAGCACUUCCACCUCAAGUGCUUCACCUGCAAAGUGUGUGGCUGUGACCUGGCUCAGGGGGGGUUCUUCAUGAAGAAUGGCGACUACCUGUGCACCCUGGACUACCAGCGCAUGCACGGUACCCGCUGCAACGGCUGCGGGGACUUUGUGGAGGGCGAGGUAGUCACCGCCCUCGGCAAGACCUACCACCCGGCCUGCUUCGUCUGCACCAUCUGCAAACGUCCCUUCCCGGCCGGUGACAGGGUGACCUUCAACGGGAAGGACUGCCUGUGUCAGUAUUGUGUCCAGCCCAUGUCUCCAGGCCCCAAGGACGUGGUGGGCUCCAGCAACUGCGCCGGCUGCGGUCGGGACAUCAAGAACGGCCAGGCCCUGCUCGCGUUGGACCGGCAGUGGCACCUGGGCUGCUUCAAAUGCAAGGCCUGCGCCAAAGUCCUGACUGGAGAGUACAUCAGCAAGGAUGGCGCCCCCUACUGUGAGAAGGACUACCAGAUCCACUUUGGGGUCCAGUGUGAGGCCUGCCAGCAGUUUAUCACGGGGAAGGUGCUGGAGGCGGGGGAUAAGCACUACCAUCCGAGCUGUGCGAGAUGCAGCAGGUGCAACCAGAUGUUCACAGAGGGAGAAGAGAUGUACCUGCAGGGCUCCACCGUCUGGCACCCGGGCUGCAAGAACACCACCCGGACGGAGGAGAGACACAGGGAGCGGCCUACGAGGUCUUCGUCAGAGAGUGUGUGUUCCCGACCUGGUUCAAGCAUACCUGGCUCACCGGGUCAUACCAUAUAUGCAAAAGUAGACAAUGAGAUCCUUGAUUACCGAGACCUAGCUGCCAUUCCCAAAGUCAAAGCCAUUUAUGACAUAGAGCGCCCGGACCUCAUCACAUAUGAGCCCAUGUACACCACGUCCCUGGACGAGCGGGACGAGAGACGAGAGAGCGUGGGAGAGCUCCACACAGCCAGGAGGGAACGCUCUCCUCUGCCCGACGACAAGCCCUCAAGAAAUCUGUCGCCAACACCCCCUGCUGAGGGCUACUGCGACAGGAGAGAACGCAUCCUCCAUCGCUCCACCAGUCAGGGCUCCAUUGGCUCACCCGUUUAUAAUCGCCAUGGUUACAUCCCCACCCUAUCGCGGUCCCCGCAGCAUUUCCACAGGCCGGAGGCUCUGACAGGCAUGCAGAAGCUCUGCUCCUCUCUGUGCAGUAACAGUGUGGGCUCCAGAAAUAGUGAAUCCCGCCCAACCUCCCCUUUCAGACACCACUUCCUCCCCCAUAGCCAAGGCGCUGACCCGCCCAGCGGCCGGAGCUCUCCCCUCCCCCUCAGGUGUGACAGCCGGCCCGUCACCCCGCCUCUCUCUCAGACCCCUAAACAUUUCCACCUCCCAGAUCAAGGAAGCAACAUCUACCGAAAGCCGCCAAUCUACAAAAAACACGACCCCGAGCCCAAGAUGGGUAGAUCAGUUACCAUGGUUACCGACCUAGACACACCUGCACUAGCGCCCCCCAGCAAGUGCGCUGAUGACAUCAUCAGGUCCGCUACCUUCCCCGCCGCCCACGCCCCUUGUCGGGACGACAGCCCGCAGGGCGGGGGGGGCGACCUGAGGCCCUACUCCCUGGCUGCGUUAGGGUCAGGAGGAGAGGGAAGGAGGAGGUCAAGAGAGGAGGAUGAGGAGGAGGUCUUGAAAAGAAAACUCCUACAAGAAGAGCACCUCACCAAGAUCCAGUCGGGUCUGGGGAAACUGAUCCUGAAGGAGGAGAAGGAGAAGGAGCAGAGCCGGGAGCGCCACUCACGCAGCGUCUCCGCCCAGCGCUAUGACCCCAAGCCGUCCAACUGUGAAGCCGAGCCAACCUCUCCCUCAAAAACGAACUCUCUCCCUGGGUACGGAAGGAACGGCUUGCAUCGGCCCCAGUCAACAGACUUCACUCAGUACAACAGCUACGGCGACAUGUGUGGAGGAGGAAGAGAGUUUCAGCACAUUAAGGAUGGUCGUGCCGCCCUUGCAAGGAUGGACAGGGGAGUAUCAAUGCCCAAUAUGUUGGAACCAAAAGUGUACCCCUAUGAAAUGCUCAUGAUAACCAGUAGAGGGAGAGCUAAACUGCCCAGGGAGGUGGACAGAACCAGACUGGAGCGCCACUUAGCUCCUGAUACGUUCUUUGACAUCUUUGGAAUGGAGAUCCAGGAGUUUGACAUGCUUCCUCUGUGGAAACGCAACGACAUGAAAAAGAAGGCCAAACUCUUCUAGCGGUCAGGACAGCAUGCGCACACUCUGUACGCUCAUUCAGAGACGGACACGCCACCAACUGUACUCUAGGUGUAGGGCUUUUUGUCUUUCUUCAUUUCUUUCGCUUCGUUUUGUUUGUUUUCGGCCAUUCUUUGUUUUUUUGGGGGGGUUAUGUCUGGCAUAAUCAAGGAAGCAGAGAAAUGGAUACUUUUUUUUCCUGAGGCUUCAAAAUGGGGACUGAGAGCUGAUUGGUUGAUUCAGGUGCCGUCAGAUGAGAAGUAAAUGGGAAUUACAAAAAAAAAUCAAAGAAUGAAAAUGAAUGAAAAUGGGGGUCAUGUUAUUGUAUUAUUAUUAUAAAUUUGAUAUUUUGCGCUUAUUUUUCUUCGCGCUUUGCUUUGAAUGGAAAUGCUUUACUUUUAUUUUUGGUUCUCUUGCUUGUUUGUUCCUACUCUUUGUUGCUGUUGAUUCCUGUAGAACAUUGUAAGCAUUGUAGAAUUUCAUGGCCACCAUUAUGUCCAUGCGAUGGGCUGUAGUACUGGGUCACUUUAACCUCCUCACCCGAUCUAAAGGCACCCCCAUCCCAGUACCGCCUGCUGGUGAUAGUGAGUAGUAGGGCUCGGUGAGUCUUCAGAUGAAGAAGCCACUGGCCAGCUCGUCUACUCACUCAUUUACUGGUUACAAUACCACAAAGGCUGACUUACUCAUGGACACUGUUCUAUCCCCAGUCAACUAUGUACAUGCCAUGCUAUUCUGACCCCUGACGAAAAACACAUCUAAAAUCUCUUGUCUCUUCUCAGGCUUUCAUAAAACAUGGCCAGAUCCUCUCCCUGUUCAAUUGUACUGGGAGGAUAGUGCACUAUCGAGGUAUUACAGUCCCGUAUCAAACGUAAUCUAAACUAGAUUUUAAAAAAGAAUACCCAAAUGUAAGGAGCAACUGUAUUUGAAAUUGCUGUUUUAUAAAUAAAACUCACACUGCCAUUUGUUGUAUUGAAAUCUAAGCCAAUAAAGCUUGAAAUCACCUUAAUCCACAUGG